AUGGGAGAAGGAAACGUUAACGUGUCUACAGGUCCUGUGUGUGAUUAUAGAGCUGUUGUUAUGGCACUGCCUCAAAACGAGUGUGAAGAUUUUAAAUACCAGGAGGGAAUAACACCACAAAAUUCUUUAAGCAUACCCUCAUCUGAUCCAUUGAAAGAUUAUGAUGAUGAGGAGAGUCAAUUGGUAGAAGGAGAGAUCCUCCCUACAUCAUGUGGAUUUGUCCGGUUUGGUGGUGUUCAGAGGGACGACAGCGAGGAGUUUACAGAUGGCGAGAGUAUUGAAGAUUGUACUUUCGAUUUCGUGUCUGAAGAUAAGAAAACUGGAGAACCUAUCUAUGGUUUGAGAUAUAAGAUAGAGCGGAAUUAUUUUGCUCGCUUUGCCAAAAAUUGGGUUCUUGGAAGGCUACAACGGGAUGGUUUAUCACUCGCUGACAUAACUGGUGAAAUCAAUAGCAGUUCAAGAGUAUCAGAGAAGCCUGCAGAGGACUCUGCUGCUGAAGACACCGAAGGAGAAGUGAGUGAGGGUGAAGAGGACUCUAUUGCUGAAGACGCCGGAGGAGAGCAUGGGAGGGAAGUUACUCACAAUGAGUCUCGAGAGAGAAAGUGUUUUGAAGAAAUAUUUGCUGAGAUGACAGGCAGAGGUAUCCCUCUGCUGCACUUACCUCUGCUGAGUCCAUUGAGUGAAGCUGCGGAUGAAGUUGUGAGAGGAGAAGGUGGAAAUGGUUUGAACUCUCUGGCUGAAAUGGACACAGAAGAUGAGAGAGAGAAGAGAAAAUGGCAUUGGGCAUCAUAUAUAUGCUGUUGCUUCUGUCCAGAUUUGUAG